UGAACUACACCAUCGAGCAGAGAAUAAAAAGAAAUAUUUGAAAAAGACUCAGGGCAGAUCAAUUAAUGAAUAUUAUCAUAAUUCUCUAAUCUCCAAUAAUCUGAAGAAAACAGAAUCAGAGUCUUCAAAGUCAAAACACAAAAAUGGUAAAAAUUACCCAAAAGAGUUUUUAAAUGUGCGACUAAAGAAUUCAUACAAUUUAGUUCUCUCUGAUAAUUCAACCAUCAUUUAGAUCAUCCUCAAGCAAUUGUUCUUAAGAGGAACCUUACACAACCGGAGUAAGUAAUCUUUAAUUUCCUAGGGAGUAUUGAGAUUCAUUUUCCCCUGUAAAAGAUGUCAAAAUCAAGCAACUAAAAUUUGAGCUCUCCACUCUUCAAACAAUGUUCAACCAACUGCUUGAUGAAAAUAAGAUGUUGAAUAAAGAAGUUGUUAAUCUCAAAGAUAAAGUCAUUCUUACCUAAGAGACAUAUGAAAAAAGAAUUUGAACAAGAAAAGAACGACUUGGUUUGAAAGGUAAAAGAUUUGGAACACAAAUUUGAAAAAGUACAAAAAGAGAAUCUUAGAAAAAUUCAAUGACUAAAAUGAGAAUUAAGAGUUCAAGACAAGCUCAUAGACAGAUUCAAGGGGUAUGCCAACGUACUGAAAAGAGAGUUGGCUAUUGCUAAGAAUAUCAUUAAGAACCCUAGAAAUAAACAAUUGAGAUAAAUCUCCAAUUCGAUUUGUAUCCCAUUAAAGAGAAAGAUCGUAAUAUAUUCAACAUAGUGAACAAGAAUGACUCCAGAAGUCUAACAAGAGAUAUGAAUAAGACAUUCGAUCUUGAUAAUAAAAAAUUGAUCAAAAUCGAUAGAGAAAUCAAAAAGAUCCAUCCUAAGGUUGUUUCAAGACAGGAUGUGUCUGACAUAAAGCAUUUUAGUUCCUUACAAAGAAGCAAUGUCAGUCCUUACUCUUUGGAUAGGAUGAAAGAUCUGCAUCAGUCAUCAACCUCUCCUAGAGGGUCCAAGGGAUUCAGAUUUGUAUUUUCCCCUUCAAGAGUAAAGAGAGGUAGAAAUGUAGGGCAUAGAGCAAAAAUAUUUUCUA